UUGAACUUCCUUCUCAGCUCAGCUGUCAGCGCGUCUCGAGGUAGCAAUAUCAUCUUUUUUAUUUAGGAUAUCAGACAGGGUUUAAUCUGAGAUGGAGGGCCAGCGCUGGUUACCACUGGAAGCCAACCCAGAGCUUUUAGCAGGAACGUUUUUACGGCAACUUGGCUUGGUACCGACCUGGCAGUUUGGGGAUGUGUACGGUUUGGAAGCUGAAGUUCUCAGUUUGGUGCCAAGGCCUGUUUGUGCUGUACUUUUGCUCUUCCCUAUAACAGAGAAGUAUGAAACCUUUAGACAGGAGGAGGAGGCAAAAAUUAAGGCUCAAGGACAAGAGGUGUCCUCAGAUGUGUACUUCAUGAAACAAACCAUCGGCAAUGCUUGUGGUACAAUAGGGUUAAUUCAUGCUGUGGCAAACAAUCAAAGGCAUCUGGAGUUUGAGCCAAAUUCACCGCUUAAGGCAUUUUUACUGCAGUCGGCAAAGAUGAGCCCAGAAGAAAAGGCUGCUUUCCUUGAAAAAGAUGAGAGUAUCCGAGUAACACAUGAGUCAAGUGCUCAGGAAGGACAAACAGAGGCUCCAAGUUUAGAUGAAAAAGUGGAUUUGCAUUUUAUUGCCUUUGUAAAUGUUGAAGGACAUUUAUAUGAACUGGAUGGACGCAAACCUUUUCCAAUUGUUCAUGGGAAAACCACAGAGGACACAUUUCUCGAGGAUUCUGCAGAGGUCUGCAAGAAGUUCAUGGCACGUGAUCCCCAGGAGCUCCGUUUCACUGUGGUGGCUCUUUCCAAAGCAUAAAUGUUCUUGUUAUUUUACAUAAGAGAAAAACUGCCAAUUAUUCAGAAAUGCUGUGAAUACUUUAAACCUUUAUAGGUUCAAUUCUGACUUUAAAUUAAAAAAAAAAAAAUCGUUAAAGGUUUUGACCAUAACUGACAAAGCAAAUGAGAAACGAAUUAACUAAUAACAAAAAAAGUGUACAUGCACACAAAAAAAAUUAUCUGAAUGUUUACAACUCUCUGAUUGAAAUAAUGUUUGUUUUCAUUUCUCCAAAAUUAUAAAAACUUUUUCUUGAUGUUAAUAUUAAUCUAAUGGUGGUGUUCUUUUUUUUCUUCUGCCAGAAAAUAUCCAUUUAAAAUAAAAGUUCCCCUGAUGAAUAUAUAGACUUAUAUUUUGACACACAAAUGCUCUUUUAACAGAAGUGUGUCAGUGUGCCAAUGUGUCACUGCAUAUGGUGUUCUACUUCUAAAUGCAGUUUUCUCAAGAAUACAGCAAAAAUUCAGAUGAAACUAAAACAAUAAAGAACAAAUGUUUUCA